CUUUCCACCACUGGUCUGUUUGGUAUGGGCGGCCAACAAGUGAAACAGGUCUCUGCACAUUUAAUCGACAUGGAUUUGCCAUAUAAUUCCAGCACUUCCACUUUCCAAAGCUCUAUCAUUAACUCGAAAACGUCUGCCAACUACGAUAUUCGCCUAUCAGCUACCAAGAAACCGACUGAUUGUAAGGCUGUUUGGCUCGAUUGGCCGGACACUAAGAGGGUGCAACUUAUUUUUUCAUCAGGAGUCACACACCAGGUGACGCUUUAG